CGCGCGCGUCAUCACGACACGUCACGGCUACCCUUCAAACUUUACCGCCAAAAUCGGAGUUCGACUCGCCAUUGUUCCAAAAUUCAUAUUUUUCUUAAACUUCGUAUUGUGAUAUCUGGCUUUUAAUCAUACAUAGACAUGUAAUUUUUUUUUUCGGAAAAAGUUGCCAAUAUUUUUGUGAAGUUUUCGAAUUGGCGGGUGUCGGGUUGAUGUGUGCGAGCGAGAGGUGUGAUAUGGAAAGCCCGGGUGAGGAAACGGGACGAGUAGUGCCCCCCGCGCCGCACACCCCCGCCGCCCCGCAGCCGAACGGCUCCAAUAAGAUCAUCGGACGAAAUGUGAAUGGGACCAUGGUGGUGACAUCAGCUCCGGCCAACGAAGCAGAGUUGCAGUUGUACCGCGUGAUGCAGCGCGCCAGUCUACUGGCGUAUUACGACACGCUGCUUGAGAUGGGUGGAGACGACGUACAGCAACUCUGUGACGCUGGAGAGGAAGAAUUCCUUGAAAUCAUGGCGUUAGUUGGCAUGGCUUCCAAGCCUCUCCACGUCAGACGCCUACAAAAGGCUCUGCAAGAAUGGGUGAACAACCCAGCCCUCUUCCAAAUUCCCAUCGUUCCUAACUUAUGUCCUUCAGAAAACCCCUUCAUACAAUGUAACCAAAGACUCCUAAACAUGCCUCCUUCCAUCCCUAACGUUUUGCCUAGAACUGUGGCGUCUCCAGAAAGCAGUAGACCAAUGUACAGUCCAUCUCCAGGUGCUCCUGAGAACAGCUGUGGUUCGACAGCCUCAGCUCCUAACGCCAGUCCUGUACACCAAGCGAAUACCUUCACAAAAAUAGUAUUACCACCGUCCCCUGCGCCAGCAGCCCCCGUUACUUCCACAGCUUCUAGAUCCUUCUCUCCACAAAGUGCCUGUCCACCAGCUUCGGCUGGAUCCAGUCCAAGUUCAGUCACAUCACCAGUUCAGCUCACGCCAGUACUCUUAGAUGUCCAUGUGCAAAAGCUGUCGGCGGCUGCGGAAAAAUUGAGCAAGCACUUGCCACAGCUGGAGCCAAAACCACAGAACACUAAAAAGAAGAUGUGUAAGGAUCUGGAGCUGGUGAUGAUGAUGCCGGAGUCAGAUCCUCGGAGGAUGGAGGAGAUCAGAAAGUACGCGGCAAUAUACGGCAGGUUUGACUGUAAGAGGAAACCUGAGAAGCCGUUAACGUUGCAUGAGGUGAUGGUAAACGAAGCAGCAGCUCAGAUCUGCCGCUGCGUGCCGGCGCUGCUGACGCGGCGCGACGAGCUGUUCCCGCUCGCCAGGCAGCUCGUGCGGAGAGCUGGCCUGCACUACUCCAAGCACGGGUUGCCACCAACAGCAUCAACAGGCGAGGAGCGAGAGCGUGACGAGGACGAGACGCCUCCCAAGCGACCGCGCCAGGAAGGCGAGGAAGGAAAUGGUAUCAGAGCUAGUCCUGACGCGGCCAGGAGUAAUUCCAACAGCUGGUGGGGCGUGAAGGCGGAGAGUGAUGACGCCGACUCCAGGUGUUCGUACUCCAGCACCAGCACUCCACCACCUGAGGCGGAAGAGUCUCGUCCGCAAGUGGUGGCGGCUCGCGGAGACAGCAUCAUCGCCGUCGCCAACCCCGCGCUGCAGCCGCCGCACGCGCCGCAUACAGCUCAUACACUGCACCCACACCCUGCUAGGAACCAUUCUAAUUGAACAAAUAUAGCGCUUGGAGAAUGUCUACAAAUUAUAUGGAAGUUGGUUGAGGAAUUCAAACUCGAAAGUCUUUGGCAAUAGGUGUAAAAUAUCUUCAAACUGCAGGAGUUGAUUGAGGAAUUCAAACUCAGUAAUUUUUGACACGUCAAUUAGAGAGACGAACUGGUAAGCAACGCCAAUGAAACUCUUUAAAAAAAGCGUGUAAAAAGGAAGAGCUUACAAGUUUGAUUUGAUUGAAAAAAAAAAUGCACGGAAAGCUAUGAUUUUAGACAAAGAAAUCCUGACGUUAAGAAAUGAUAAUUUAAAACUACCAAACGACUGCUUUUU